AUGGCGGGAAUAUCGACUUUCUCUGUAUAUUCAUCUCCUUCCUUGUGCAUAUCAUAUUCAACUACUUCAUCUUCAUCGCUCUCACUGUCUUUCUCGAAUCGAUCGGCGCUCCUUGUGCGGAUUUCUCCUCGAACCAACAGAUUUCCCGGGGCUUACUGUUCUUUGUCUGCCAAUGACAUCAAAGCCGGAACCAACAUCGAAGUCGAUGGUGCUCCUUGGCGUGUACUCGAGUUUCUUCAUGUCAAACCAGGAAAAGGUGCGGCAUUUGUGAGAACUAAGAUCAGGAACUACGUCAAUGGUAGUACAGUGGAGAGAACAUUUCGUGCUGGAAUUUCUGUCGAAGAAGCAAAUGUAUUCAAAGAAACCAAACAGUUCACAUACAGAGAAGGGUCUCAGUUUGUUUUCAUGGAUCUGAGCACUUACGAAGAAACACGUCUUAACGAAUCUGAUAUGGGUGAGAAGACGAGAUGGUUGAAAGAAGGAAUGGAAUGCAGUUUGCUGUAUUGGAAAGACAAGGUUAUCGAUUUCGAACUACCAAAUACGGUUAAGCUAAAAGUGGUUGAUGUUGAUCCUGGCCUUCGCGGUGACACUGCACAAGGUGGAUCAAACCCUGCGACAGUGGAAACAGGGGCAGUAGUUACCGUACCACUCUUUGUUAACGUAGGUGAAGAAAUAUUGGUGGAUACUAGAACCGGUAUGUAUAUGAACCGAGCGUGAACCGGGUCUACAUCUAAUUA